AUGCCAACCAUAUCUUCUACUCCCAUCGAUCAAGGAUCUCCUCCCUCUUCUCAUCUUCACUAUUAUCACCAAUCUUCCCUUCCUCAACCAUCUGCUGUACCUGUACCGGCCUCUAACCCCCCGGUCGACUCCCCUCACCCUUCUACCGCAACCCCCGCUGUUGUCGCUCCCUCCGCUGCUUAUCCAGCUUUCACUACCGCCGCUCCUUCCUUCAGCGCAAGCAAUUCCGGCUUCACUGGUUCUGUAAUUGGCUCAAUUUCGCGCCGCAAUCGCCGCUCUUUUGCUGCCCUAGCCCGUGAAAAGACUUCCAGUGCUAUUGCAAAUCUCUCAGCAAUCGGAGGCACCGCCAAUUCUCCCCUUCGCCCUUCUGCCUCUUCCGGAAGCCUGUCCAAGCACACUCGAAAGCCCUCCCAGGUCAGCAUCAGCGAAGCAACGGGCCUCUUUCCUCUGACGCCACCACUAUCCGACGGAAGCGCCGGUAGUGACCACUCAAGCCCAACACCAAUCGAAUCCUCAGCCCGCCCUUUUUCCGCCGCCAGACAAGUCGAAAGGCGCCGCCAGACCCUUCAACACGUUCCAUCUUCAGUGCCACAGCUGUCGCAAGCCGGGCCUGUCGUACCCCCAUCCAAAAUGCAUCAAACCUCUUCGAGGCUGUUGCGUAUGACGGAAGAUGACCGCCCUUUUACAAAAGAUUUUAUGGAUCUGUUCUCGACUUUGAUGGUUAGCUUGAAGUUGGAUUCUCAUCGCAUACGAUUUACGAAAUAUGACCACACCUUCACCUCUGAAGAAGCCAUCAAUAAUCUCGGUUCCCUCAAGUUUUCCCAGUCCAACCGUAUGCCCGACCCCAAGGACCCUUCUCGGAUCGUUACCACCACUACAACCACGACCUUUUCCAUGGCCAAGGAAAUGGCUCGCUCGGUGUGCCAACGUUUUGUCGACGCUCGUUUCAUCGAAUCUGUAGAUGGAAAGACCGUUCAUAUCUUCCCGUUGAAGGGCGCGUUGUAUCAACUUACCCCAAAAGAUGUGUUGGAGUCGCCUCGGAAUACAAUGCAACUGGUCAAUUUGGAACGUGAUUCUGAGACCGACAAAUUGUCGCACGAUCGGGCUACGAUUGAAGUUAUCUUCCGUAGGUUCGCUGGCCAAGAUGGGCCAAAUGUCAAGAGCAGCAUUUCCACCUCAGAUUCAGACUCGCUAAGUGACUAUACGAACGGUUUGGUUGGAGUCAAGAUGGCCAAGGAGCGUAAGGUGAACGAAAAGAUCGUCCUUAAUACAUUUACUGGCAAGGCCGCUAUCGAUUGGCUUAUGGAUUGUUCUACCACUAUUGAGCGCCGUGAAACCGUCCUCAUCGCUGAGCUUUUCGUCAAGUAUGGAUUGAUCACGAUGCAUCAAGAGGACAGAUUGGUUCCCUUGCCGGAUAAUUCCAUCGUCGCUUUUCAGCCUUCUAAGAAUGCGAUCUACGGGGUAACGGAGCAUGGCCAGCGAGUCUGUGGGUGGAUCGCACGGGACAAAAAUCGCGAAACUACAGCCUACGAUAACCGGGGUAUUCCCAGAGACUCGAAUAACGCACGGUUGAACCACAUACUUCGUGACCCUGCCUUGCGGCUACUUUUCCGUGAAUUCCUACGUUUCUCGCUGUGCGAAGAGAACUUGUCGUUUUACCUGGACGUUUCCGAAUUUACUGCUACCUACCACAAGGCAGACAAAGUGGGCACCUUCAAGAAGCCUGAUGCUGUUCGUGAAACGCUUGCAGCAGCGUAUGGCCUUUACAAUGCUUUCCUAGCUCCCGGUUCGCCCUGUGAACUCAACAUUGAUCAUGCCCUUCGCAAUAGCCUGGCAAGCCGUAUGACCAAAGCUGUGGGUGAUGAUGAAUCUAUGCUCAAGAGUCUUCAGGAGGUGGUUCAUCUGUUCGAGAUGGCGCAAACCUCCGUCUUUAAGCUGAUGUCAAGUGAUUCCAUUCCAAAGUUUUUGCGUGAUCCAAAGUAUGCCGUUGUCCUCCAGGAACACGAUGUGGACUUGAUGGGUGCCGCAAGAUCUUACUCACCAACCCCAGCUCCAAUCCCGGAGCGCUCGAUGAGUCGCUCGGCACGAUCAUGA